GGAGUACAAAAAUGAUUUUAGAUUAUUGUGUUUCCGAACGCGUCAAGAGGGGCGUAAAAUAAUCCGCCAUUUUGUCUCUAUGACAAUUUAGGAAUUUAAGAUUUUAUAGUUUGUUAUUCCAAUUUAUCAAAUAAAUCCUAAUACGAAAGUGCUUUUUGUGAAGCUGUGUAGUGUUUCAAGAGCCUGUGAUAUUUGUGUCUACAUUUAUUUUUGUUUACGUUCAUCUUGACUUUUUAGUUAUCCGAAGUUGACGUCGAUUAGAGAUCUCUAGAUAAUUCAAAAUGGGCACAAGAGAGGACGAAUACGACUAUUUGUUCAAAGUUGUGCUAAUAGGAGAUUCAGGUGUUGGAAAAAGCAGCCUUCUCUCACGAUUCACUAGAAAUGAAUUUAACUUAGAGUCAAAAUCCACGAUAGGUGUGGAAUUUGCCACGAGAAGUAUAGAGGUCGACGGCAAAACCAUAAAAGCUCAGAUAUGGGACACGGCGGGCCAGGAGCGGUACCGCGCCAUCACUUCAGCAUACUACCGUGGUGCAGUGGGUGCGCUACUCGUGUACGACAUAGCGAAGCACCUGUCCUAUGAGAACGUGGAGAGAUGGCUGCGCGAGCUGCGCGACCACGCCGACCAGAAUAUACUCAUCAUGCUCGUCGGGAACAAGAGCGAUCUUAGGCAUCUAAGAUCUAUCCCAACGGAAGAGGCGAAGGCGUUCGCGGAAAGAAACGGCCUUAGUUUUAUCGAGACGUCCGCCCUCGACUCCACCAAUGUCGAGCCCGCAUUCCAGAAUAUUCUAACUGAGAUCUACAGGAUCGUCUCUCAGAAGCAGAUGCGCGACCAGCCUGAAGGCGACGUGAUCCGACCCGACGCCGAGCCAACCGACGCCAGGCCCUCGCAGGCCGACAGCGUGCGCAAGCAGUGCUGCCAGUAGCCGAAAAGUCCAGUAAUUGUCGGAGCCGUUACUAACGAGAGAAGCAUGUUGCUGGAACAACCAACCACAAUAAUAACGAAUCAUUCCCAAGCAAUGUCUACCAUCACUGCAAUAUGAUUGCCAGUACGAAAAUACGCCGUCGGUCGUCCAUAGAGUAUCAUUCGAAAAUAAACCACAACCCAUUACCCAAUCAGAGUUGGUUAACACAAAACGGGUAUUUUAGUCUGGCAACAUCAACUCAAGCGGUUUUAAGAGUGGCUCAUGUAGAUAGCUUUGUAUAAUUAUUGAUAUUUAGUAUCCGAACGAAUGAAAUUUAAAAGUCCUAUGAUUAUUAUUCUUAACGUGGAAAAGUUAUAAUGUUAACACAUAUUAGAACGAGUCGAAAUUUUGGUUCUAGCAAGCACCUGAAUACAAUUUACCUGUUCAUUUGGCGCUCCUAGUGGCACACAAUACGUGUAAUUUAUUCCUGAUUUAUAUUUUUAUUUAGGGG